UGGGCGCAGAGCCGCACUUCUUCGACCGCUUCUACGACAAGGGACUGGAGUGGUACAGGUUCAUGACUUAGUUGUGACAAUUCAGACUGCAUGUGAAGGCAACACCGGAGUCUCGCAGAUGUUAUCGCGAGACAACAGCUCUGCCGCGACAAACGCUUCAUUAACAAACCCAGAUACUGUAAAUGUGACCAAAACUGAACAGGGACCAUCUGUUAAAAGAACCAAAAUGGCUGUUUAUCAGAGCUACAUCGCCAUCUCUGAGCUUCAUCCCAAUUUCUCUCAUCCGAAAGUGUCAGGCAUGAUCAUCUGGAAAACGGACGUGAAAAGCUUCCCUGACAGGAAAAAUGUUGGUGCGGACAGAUUCACUUUUGGCUUUACUAUCAAGGACUCGCCUGACUUUUUCAUUAAUGUGGCAGCCUGGGGGAGCGAUGGCUACAUCAACGGCCUCUCCAGCAGCUUCAGCAUUGGAGACUGUGUCAUCGUUGAAAAUCCGUUGGUCGCCAACAAAGAUCCAGAGAAAGACGAGCGAUUCCAACCCACAACGCCAAGUCUCUACAGGCUCCUGCUGACGGAGGCUCACUCUCAGGUGUCCCUCUGUGCCGACAUGGACACCAUCGACAGACUGCUGCCACUCAUCCACCUGCCAGCGAAGGACUCCAGAGACUUUUACACACUGGGAGACAUAGUGGCGAACGGUCAGCAGCUGGAUGGCACAGUGGUCAAUAUACUGGCUGCAGUGAGAUCGACCGGGGAGCCAAGGCUGUUCACCACUUCAGAUGGACGCAAAGGCCAGAGGCUGGAAGUGAAGCUCUUCGACGACUCCGUCUCAUCCUUCCCAGUCGUCUGCUGGGACAGAGAAGCCAUUCAGUUUGCGCAAACCUGGAUACCCAAGGAGACGGUUCUCUUCAUCGCCGACGCAAAGAUCAGCUUUGACAGCUUCCGCAGUGGAAUGACAGCGAGCGUUAACUCGAAGACCAUUAUCACCGUGAACCCCGACACCAGAGAGGCCAGCCUGCUGUUCAGCUACGCCAAACAAGUGUCGGAGUCUGGAGCUCUGGAUCAAGAUGAGAAGCCAGAGGACGUUCCUGUGGAUUCCAUCGUAGACGUGUACACCGUGACCCAGCUGAAGCAGAAGGCCCAGGAGAGUGCUGAGGUUUUCUUUGGAAUCACGUACAGCUUCAUCUCCAAACUCGACCUCGACUCCUCUGUUUCCAAAGUCAUCAAGACACGGUGCUCCAGGUGUAAGUUCCAGGUGACUGAGGAUGCACAGAGUUGUACCAACCAGCUGUGCACAGGGACAGAUCAGGGGCUGUCAGCCACCACUGGCUUUGAUGUGCUGGUGGACUUCACGGAUCACACCGGCACACUGCACGCCUGCACCCUCAGAGGGCCAGUGGCAGAGAAGACACUUGGCUGCACAACAAAAGAGUUCACCAGUCUGACCGACGAUGAGCGAACGGCAAAGAAGUGGAAACUUCUUUUGGAGAGAUGCAAAGUAUACGUGAAGAUCCAGCCUUCCACUAAGACGAGGAGCGGGAUCAGGGGAGAGGUGGUCGCCUGCUCCCUGUCCGACCCCGGGGAGGUGAAACAGCACAUGUCUGCCCUGUUGAGCCUCUGA